UCACGAUGGCGUGAUCGUAUGAUGACUAAUAAUGUUGAAUAAUCAGUUCUCCGUAACCUUACCAAAAAUUCCUUUCAGCGAAUUCGACCACAAGAUCAUAUCUUGUCUUAACCAUAAGGUGCCACUUUCGAAUUUCUAUUUGGGGCUCUAACGGAUCUUACGGCAACGUUAUAAUGGCAACGUCAAUGCCUAAACGUUCUAUCGCCCGGGCACAACUUGUCCGGACUGUCCGAAGUUUUGCGACCGUAUCACCCGUAGUUGGUCACAAUAGAAACCACAAGAUUGUUGUAGUGGGCGGCGGCUCUGCCGGUCUUUGCAUCAGUCAUCAGCUUCUAAGGCAAGGGAACUUCCAUCAAGAUGAUAUUGCUGUCAUCGACCCUGCCACGUGGCACCACUAUCAGCCCGGGUGGACUCUUGUUGGAGCUGGACUCAAGACAAAGGAGAGUCUCAGAAAACCUCUGAAAGAUUUGAUUGACCCGAAACUUAGAUUUUAUAAUACUUGCGUGAAUGGGUUUUCUCCAGAUGAUAACUCUCUCACUUUGAAAAAUGGAGAUAAAGUCAAUUACGAGCAACUCGUUGUCGCUCCAGGCAUCACGGUUGACGUUGGAAGCGUGAAGGGGUUGUCCGAGGCUCUUGACAACCCAGACUCUCUUGUGUCCUCCAUAUACAACUAUGAUCAUUGUGACAAGGUCUUUGGUACAAUAAAAAAACUUCAAAGGGGAAAAGCAAUUUUCACCCAACCAACCGGCGUUAUCAAAUGUGCUGGUGCACCACAGAAGAUUAUGUGGCUUGCAUUGGAUCAUUGGAAACGUGCAGGUUUAUACGAUGUUAAAAUCCCUCUGGUUCGGCGAUAAACAUCACUUUCGCAACCGGUCUACCAACAAUGUUUGGUGUACCUAAAUAUAGUGCCAAGCUGGAGGAAUUGAGAAAAGAAAGGUCGGUUGAAGGGUUAUUUCAGCACGACCUCACUGCCAUCGAUGGCAAUGUGGCGACUUUUACUCGUACGGAUGGACAAGGUCAGGUUAAGAGGGAGUUUGAUCUUUUGCACGUGGCACCAAAAAACCGACCCCAUGACUUUGUUAAGAACAGUGUACUUGCAAAUGAUGCUGGUUAUGUCAACGUUGACGAGGGAACUACGCGCCAUGUGAAGUACCAGAAUGUCUGGUCUGCUGGUGAUGCUUCAAGUUUACCAACCUCGAAAACAAUUGCGGCGAUUACUGCAGAGGCGCCCGUUCUGGCUCGUAACCUGCUCUUGGCUAUUGAUGGCAAAGAACCGGAAGAGGUUUAUGAUGGUUAUACAUCAUGCCCACUUUUAACUGAGUAUGGAAAGGUACUACUUGCAGAGUUUAAGUACGGUGGAGUACCGAAAGAGACAUUCAAUAAAUGGCUCGGCAUUGAUCAAGCCAUUCCCCGAAGGGAGUUUUAUUAUUUAAAGAAAGAUUUCUUCCCAUGGGUUUAUGGAAAAUAUAUGGUGAAGGGUACUUGGGGAGGACCAAAGGGUUGGAUUAGAUAAGUACGGUACCGUCGAAGCCAGUUUACUUGUAUUUAUAAUUUCAUUGUUCCAAAACUCCAGUGAUUGAUUUUUCGCUGCUAUUUGGAUAUAGUCAUGGAUGAGCAAAGAAGGUUACCAAUCAAGUACCAUGAAAGAGUAUCUCAAGAUGAUAAACUUCUCAAAAGCUGAUUUCAUGAUUACUUUCAGGAUAAUUGAUGUCCAUGACGGCACUUGAGAAGAGUUUGAGUCCCGGGCCGGCAAAAGACAAGGGAAGAGCUAUGCAGACAAGACUAAGGAUCAUAAACAGGUGGCUAUUUGAGAUAACCAUAUCGAACCCAGAGCUAGCAGCUGCAUGGAAUUCACGAUUUUUUAUAUUUCGGCUGAUCCUCAGAAUGCAGAACAUGAUGUUCUUGAAAUUGCGGGGUAAAAUGGAGUGAUGCGGGAACCCAUUAUGAAGAAAAUUAAUUUUA